AAAUGGAAUGGCUCGAGUUUACAUGGAAACGCUGAUACAGAGAUGCGUCACUUUCUCGCAAAUCAAACAGCUCCAAUCACAUUUUCUCACCGCCGGCCACUUCCAAUCAUCAUUCCUCCGCUCUCGCCUCCUCGACCGCUGCGCAGUUUCACCAUUCGGAGACCUUUCCUUCGCCGUUCAAAUCUUCCGUCAAAUCCCUAAACCGUUAACCAACGAUUGGAACGCAAUUAUCCGCGGAUUCGCCGCCAGUUCUCAGCCGUCGAUCGCGCUUACAUGGUACCGAUCAAUGCUGUUUCAAGCUUCUUCUUCGUCGUCGUCGUCGUCUCUGUGUAGAAUCGACGCUCUCACUUGCUCUUUCACACUCAAAGCCUGCGCGCGUGCGCUCUCCUCCUCCUUCACGCCUCAGCUUCACGCUCAGAUUAACCGUCGUGGGUUAUUCGCGGACGCGCUUCUCUGCACGACGAUGCUCGACGCGUACUCGAAAAACGGAGACUUGAUCAGCGCGCGGAAACUGUUCGACGAAAUGCCUGUGAGAGACGUCGCGUCUUGGAACGCUUUGAUCGCUGGAUUAGCGUUUGGGAAUCGAGCGCACGAGGCGUUGGAGCUGUAUAAACGAAUGGAAUCGGAAGGAAUCAGAAGAAACGAAAUCACUGUUGUCGCUGCUCUGGGAGCUUGUUCUCAUUUGGGUGCUGUUAAAGAAGGUGAGAAGAUCCAUGGAUACGUAAAAGACUCGAACUUGGAUCAAAACGUGAUUGUUUGCAACGCGACGAUCGAUAUGUAUGCGAAAUGCGGGUUUGUGGAGAAAGCUUUUCAAGUUUUCGAUCAAAUCAGAGGCGAGAAGAGCGUUGUCACAUGGAACACAAUGAUCAUGGGUUUUGCAGUACACGGAGAAGCAAACAGAGCGAUAGAGAUCUUUGAGAAACUUGAGGAUAAUAGCAUCAAGCCUGAUGAUGUCUCGUACUUAGCUGCUCUCACCGCGUGCAGACACGCGGGUUUAGUGGAGUACGGUGCAUCAAUGUUCAAGAACAUGGCGUGUAACGGAGUCGAGCCUAACAUGAAGCAUUACGGUUGUGUGGUUGAUCUUUUGGGACGUGCAGGAAGGCUUAGAGAAGCUCAUGAGAUUAUAUGCUCGAUGUCGAUGGUUCCUGAUCCUGUUCUGUGGCAAAGCCUUCUUGGAGCUUCAGAGAUUCACAAGAACAUUGAAAUGGCUGAGAUAGCUUCUAAGAAAUUAGUUGAGAUGGGUGUGAACAACGAUGGAGAUUACGUGUUGCUAUCGAACGUUUAUGCAGCUCAGGGAAGGUGGAAGGAUGUAGGACGAGUGAGAGAUGAUAUGGAGACAAAACAAGUGAAGAAGAUUCCCGGUCUUAGCUACAUUGAAGCUCAAGGAGCGAUUCAUAAAUUCUACAACAGUGACAAGAGCCAUCAACAGUGGAGACAGAUUUAUGAGAAGAUCGACGAGAUCAGGUUUAAGAUAAGGGAAGAUGGUUACGUGCCGCAGACGGGACUUGUGUUGCACGACAUCGGAGAGGAAGAGAAAGAGAACGCUUUGUGUUAUCACAGCGAGAAAUUGGCGGUGGCUUAUGGGCUGAUGGUGAUGGUAGAUGGUGGUGAAGAGGAGAGUCCGGUGAGGGUGAUAAAGAAUCUGAGGAUAUGUGGAGAUUGUCACGUUGUGUUCAAACAUAUCUCAAAUGUUUAUAAGAGAGAGAUCAUUGUUAGGGAUCGAGUUCGGUUUCAUAGGUUUAAAGAUGGUUCUUGUUCUUGCAGAGAUUAUUGGUGACAUAAACAAAU